AAUCUAGUUUACAAACAUUACAAUAUGGCGACGCGUCCCUAGUUCCCAGAAAAAUGAGCCGAGUGUUAGAUUUUGCAACAGGGAUGUUUGAUUAUCAUGGCACACAGAUGAAAGUAUAGAAAGUAAAGGUCUGAAACGCCUAUAUAGGAAGAGACAAUGGAUAUGAGAGUUCGGGAUCCAGGGAUAAUUACCUCAUCACCAGUGAAUUAUGAGGUAGAGUCAAGUGUUGGGUUUGGUUCCAAUGCUAAUUUGGAUACAAGUUUUGAGCUGAUGUCUGCCAGCCAAUUACGGGAUCAACUUAGGAGAGAGCAAGGUAAAAGAAGAGAGAAGGAAGCAGAGAUAGACGUUUUGAAAAGAACGACUGGCUCAAGUCUUUAUGGAGGGAGCUCCACCCCUAAAUCUUCCUCGCCUAUCCAUAGUAGAACCUAUGGGGAUCAUGUACCAAGUAAUAGCCAAGACUCAGACUCGGGAAUAAGCCAUGGUGGGUCAAGGAAAUCCCCCUACCACCAUUUGACCCCGCCCCAUCAAUCAAGCUCGCUCCCCCAAGUCUCCAGUCACACUGCCUAUGGAAGCCACUCAUCUGCUGCACCUACCAUGCCCCGCACCGUCCGGUCGUCCCCCUAUCUUUCCUCAGGCUAUGAUGGCAUAGGAGGAGGAGGGGUGUUGCCAGGGGGUAAUACCAGCACAAGUGGGGCGGAGUUCUGGAAUACGUCCCCGUCGUCGAUGAAAAACAUGAAAGAUGCUAUGUACGAGAGUGAGCAGAGGAGACUGGCGUUGGUUGAGAAACUGAGAGAAGCUCAUGACACAUUGCAGAAUCAGACAGAGAAAUUAUGUAACAGUGAAGGAUUGCUGAACGAUACUCAUCAUACGUUAUCAAGUCUAUCGGCUACAAAUGAGGCCCUUCAGAAGAGAUUAGUAGAAGUCCAGAAAGAGAGAGACGGGUCUGUGACAGACAAGAUGGAUGCCUUGAGACAACAAGGUCUUCUUCAACAAAGGGUGGUUGAUCUGGAGCAAGAACUAAAAAGCCUACGGGCUUCUAACUCUGCUCUCCAGGCCGAGAACCGGAAACGGGACGUCCUGGUAGAUCAGACGUCUCGAGCCAUGAGUCUCUUGGAUGAAGAAAACAAGACAUUUCAGCAGACAAAGGACACUAUGUUGAAGGAAGCCCUUGCCCUGAAAGAAUCCAUCAUGAUAGCUAAGGCCAAGAACGAGAAACUGGAAUCCGAAGUGAGAGAAUUAGAAAAACUCAAUGAGAGCCGUGAGAUGCUUGCAGCGCGAAACACAGAGCUUAACGCCUACCUGAUGGAUGAGAGACGGCAGGUAGCUGAGCUCAUGCAUCAGGUUGAUCUACUUAAAGGAGAUUUCAUGAGAGCCAGUGAGGAGAGAGAUGUUUUCCAGAGUAGAGCUAUAGAUCUGGAGGAUAAAUGCUCGGAUCUGAAUGCUAGGUGUGUCAGUUCAUCGGCCUCCAAGGAAAGACUGAUGCAAGAGAAGUUAGACCUCCAGCAAUCACUUAAUCAAACCAUGCAUGAGAAAGAAGAUCUCAUUAAGAUCAAACAAGACAUCGAUAGCCAGCUAACCCAGGCCCAGCUAUCAGUCACUCAACAUAAGCUUAUGGUGGAUAAGAAGGAUGAAGAAUUAGAAAAACUGGAAGAGGAGCUUAAUGCAACUAAAAAGGUAAGCGAGGUAUUGUCAACAGAGCUUUCGCUGGUAAAGAACAAUCAGGAAAGACUCCAGGAAGAAUUCAAACAGCUGAACGCUGACAAGAGAGCCGUAACUCAGCAGCAGUCUUACUGGGAAGGGGAGGCAAGGAGGAUAGCAGGGGAAAGGGAUAUCCUUACGAAGGCCAUGGAACAAUUGAAAUCUGAUUUCAUGAAGGAGAAAGAUCAGUUUGAAGAACAGCUCCAGUCUCACAGGGAGGGUACCAGGGAAGCCAGGAGUGAGAAGACAAAGGCAUCAGCUAGGGUCCAGGAACUAGAAACAAUGCUACACAGAGCUAAUGAAGAUCUGAAGGAAGCCACCCUAAAGCAGCAGGAAGAGAUGGAGGAAUGGAAGGGCUCCUGUGAUAGGCUGUCUAGCAGUGUGGCUCGCAAGGAGAACGAAUCAGCAGCCCUGAAAGAAAAGCUCAGGGAGGCCAGUGAUCAGAUCUCUGAGAUGCGAGCCCAGAUCCAGUCCCUGGAGAAUUCUGUGGAGGAGCUGAGCCGUUUCAAGGAGACGGCCAGUGAGCUGGAGGAGGAGAACAAGAGACUUGCCCAGGAGCAUGGCGAGGAUCAACAGGUCAUCCAACUCCUGGAGAUGCAGAAGACUAUCCUGUCUAAACAUCAGACUACUGGAGUACCCAAACAAGCAGCUGAGAAGCUCCAAGCUGAAAUAGAUCAUCUGAAAGCAGAACUUGGUUUAUCUGAAGACAAGAUAGAGGAGUUGAAGGAGGAGUUAUCUCGGGAGAGAACGCCGGGUGGCUAUCGAUCAGCACGGGCCACACCCAUUGCCUUUGACCGAAGCGCUGACCAAGAUGAUCAUAUCAAGAACCUGAAAGAGAUGAACAAACUCCUGCAAGAGAAGAUUAGCAAGCUUGAAGCAAGCCUUCUGCAGCAAUCCCUGCGGGCCAAGGCAGCCGAUGACACGGAGGUCAGGAAUCGUGACCUUGAUGAACAGGUCAGGUCAAUGAAUGACCUUAAUCAGAUGCUAGGCGAGAAAGUGAGCCGACUUGAGAAGGACAACGCAGAGCUCAUGAUCAGGACACCAAAAGAAGAUUGGGUGCCCAAGUUCGAUUAUGAUACGAUUGAGAAAGAUAAGAUCAAACUUGAAGCAGACUAUGAGAUCUUGAAGGCUGAGUAUGCUGAGCUUGAGGCCAGACAUCAAAAGUUCCUUCAGGACCAUCUCUCUAGGACUCUGGACUCUUCAGGUCUAGGACUAUCCCUCAGCAACCUCGAUAGGAGAGGUGAGUCAUAUGACUUAGGUGAGCUUCACAAACUUCGGCGGGACAACAGCUCCUUGGAGCGACAGGUGGAGGUGCUUCGGGGACAGAGCAACCUGGCUGAGAAUGGCAAAAAGAGGGCCGAGGAUCGAUUGCGCCCCAAUACAUCUCAGGAUCGUCAAAUAGAAGGAGAGUUAGUGGAACUACAAGACAAAAUGUCAAAAGAAAGGGAAAAGAAUCAGUACAUCGCCAACCUGGAGAUAGAGACCAUACUCCGAUCCCAGUUGGACGAACACAAGCAGAUCAUCAAGCAGCUCCAGACGGAGGUUGCCACCAAGAACGUUGCCCUGGAGAAUGCUACCGUCGGUAUGGAGGAGAGAAUGGUUGACAAGGCUCGUGAGAUGGAGAGGGUUAUCAAGGAGAGGGAUGAGCACUGUGAUGCGAGGAGGAGAUUGGAACAGGAGAAGCUGGUUCUAGAAAUUAAGAUCAAGGAACAGAAGAUGCUGUUGGAGCAGCUAAGAGAUGAGAAACCAAGAUUACUUCAGGAGAGACAAGGAGAGAUCAGCACCCUACAGGAGCAACUCAUGAGUGCCAACAAGAACGUCAGGAAACUAGAAAAUGAUGUCAGGAAUCUAGAGGAGCAACUGUCUGACAAGGAUCAUCAGCUGCGCAGGAUCCAGCUGAGCCAGUCGUCGGAGAUCGAGGGGAUGCAUGAGGAGGCCACCAAGCAAAUCAAGGAGCUCCAGCUUCAGCUCCUUAAGAAGGAGAAUGAAGGAUCCGAGAUGAGGCAGGAGCUGAACAGGAGAGAGGAUGAAAUGAGACAGGUUCUCCAGGGAAAGACUAAGCAGGAACUGGAACUUGAACAGAUCCGUGGUGAAGCAGGCCGAACCGUAGAGCACCUGACAAGCAUCGUUGAGAAACAGGAAAGUGAAAUCAUUAGAUUGAAGAGUGAGGUAGAAAAUAAGAUGGAAGAACUCAAGAGGCUCAGGACUGCACAGGAGAACGAUGUAGAAUCUUUGAAAGAGAUGCUGUCCGACACCAACAAGAAGUAUUCCAGAUUGAAAGAAGAGAAGGAGAUGAACGAGACUGAAUUGCAACAUAGCAUGACAAGACAACUGCAGGAUCUACGCAGAGAGAUUGAUAGAAAAGAACAACUCAUCAAGAACAUGAGUGAAGAACUGGAGGAAGAGAGGAUGCAAAAGCCUAAGUUGAAGGAGUCGAUGAAUGAGGUAGAAGAUGAAUUGAUGAGUGUGAGAGCGGAACUAGCUAGGGUCAAUGGCACCAUAAAGAUCAAAGAGACUCAGAUUCAAGAUCAGGAUAACCAGCUCAGAGAAUCGCAUGAUAAGUAUGACAAUUUGAUGAGAGAGAAGAUGGACCUGAAACGAAGGCUAGAUUCACUACAAGACAAUGCGGAUGAUGAGCUGAGAGAUCUGAGGAAAAAACUUGAUACACAAAAGAAUGAACUGACCAUCCUUGAAGACAUGAACAGAGCAAUGGAAGGAAAGUCCGAAGAUAGCAAUUUGAAAGUGAAGAGGUAUGAGGACAAGGUCAAAGGUCUCCAGGAAGAGAUUGGUAACCUGAAUAGAAUGGUGAAUAAUCUACAGAGUAGAAACAAGAGAUUGGAGGAAAGCAAAGACAAUCUUAUCAAAGAUAUGGAUACACUCAGGGAUGAGAAGUCGAGAUGCUCCAAGUGCAGUCGUCUGGAAAGUCAGUACCAGGAGGUGCUGACGGAGAAGGAGAACCUGGAGGAGGAUAAUGAGGAGCUCCACAAAGAGGUGGAGAACCUCAACAACCUCCUGACACUGAAACAGAAAGAUGCCAAAGAGAGUCAAAAGGUAAAAGAGUCACCACUAAAGAGAACUCCAAACUCCACCCUUGCCUUGGAACGCUCUCAAACCUCCAGCAGGGCGUCACCCAUCUCAUCGACCACACCCUCGCCAAAACCUGGGUCGGGUAGAGCGGCCACACCCCAGCAGCUUGCCGCUGCUCUCAAGAGGCUAUCGGUAAAGCAGAGUCCGCAGGGCGGUGCUGCAGGAGGAGGUGGUGGAGACGAGAAGCGGGCGUUGUCACCGGAACCAAAGGAUCGUAAAGGUCUCAAGGACUUGGGGAAGGUCAGUGGGUAUGAGGAUAGGAGGAAGUCACUGAACAGCAUGGAGUCCAGACUACAAGCUCUCAGGAGUUCACAGGAUAAGACAAUCAAGGACAUGAAGAAACCAGCUGUGAAACCUGAUUUGAAUUCGACGGGAGGAAGCGGGGAUGGAGGAAAGAAACAAGCUAGAUUUGUCUUGCCAUCGAGUAAAAAAUUUGAAAAAUCACUCGGCUCCACCGGAGGCUCAUCCAGAUCAAAACUCAACAGCACUAGGCCUCCGAUGGAUGAUAAUGAAGUUUGAAAAUAGUAAAGUAUUCUGUAAUAAUGUGUUGUGUUCAAAUUCUUCUAAUACAAUCAUCCAUGCAUUAUGUGAAUUUUGAUGGAAUUACAUGUAUGUGCUGUAAUACACACCCAUGUUGUACAUGUAUCACAUAACUACCCGUGGCACAUAUCAUUGUGUACAUUUGGUCGGGUUGCUGACAUUCUUUUUACUAACAAUAAUAUAAGAUGGCGGUUCAUGUAUAGCAGAGUGGUGCUAAAAUUCAUUAAGAAUGCAAGAGCUGAUAACACAUUGCCAAGAAGUUUGAUACGAGUUGAUUUUUUUUAUAUGCAGCAUGAUGAAUAUAUUGUGCAAUGUGAACAGAUCCAUGUAUUCAUAUCAGUGUUCAGUGUAGUGGUCAAAAUAAAAGUGAUAUUUUUUUGGCAGCAGUUGCACAAACUAAUACCCAAGUCACACUAAUGAGCUUUGAUGCCAAAGAUAUAAUCAAUAUUUGCAAGUAAAUAUGAUAAUUGUGAAUGGGUGCUGUAGAUUACAAGUUCAAUCAGUUGUACAUGUAUGAUUGAUUGUACAUUAUGUUACCAGGUCAAAAUAUUAAGCAAAAUCCUACAUUAUUUCAAAUUAUUAGUCAAAUGGUUACAUCUAUAUGUUACACGGUCAUACUGGCUGAGCUUCUAAACCACAGAAAUUACUCUUAGGCCUCAUAAUAUUUUUUUAUUUAAGAGGAAAUAAUGGCCGAACAGGGAUUCGCACACUCAAACUCACAAUCAUGAAACCAUUGCUCUGACCACUAGACCACAUGAUGCUUUUUAUAAAGUCUACUGAGAUUAAAGAAUUGAGUCAUCCACGGUUAAAUUCAACAGAUGCAUUGUUUGUUGCAGAUAAAAUCAUUGUCAUUAUAAGCAUUUAAAAUGUUGUGUAAAGAGGACUAAUCUAUUUUGAAUAUAUUGCAUACUAAUACAAUCAUAUGACCAUGGUUCAUUGCUGCUUGUGUGGAAAUAUAUCAGUCGCCUCAUACUUACUCAGAAAAUGAUCCCCAAAUAAAGAGCUCGAAAUAUUCAUGACUUUUAUAUGUCUUAUAAUCCUGCAACAAAAGAUGAAAUAAAGUCAAAGUAAUUAUAAUUGGGAAAAAAAAUCAACAUAUUCUGUUCCACAAUAAUUACGUCUCAUUUUGGAAUGCAAAGGGUUUAUCCCAGAGAUUGUAUCACAUCAAUUUCACUUAUUAACUUUUUUUUUUUUGCACAUUCAUUAAGUUCAGAUACAUUUUUUCAGUCAAUAAAAUCAUGCUGCUCAUUUUUAAACCUUUUUUUUUUGCAUUUUGUUUUGAAAAAAAUGAUUUAAUCAGUAUUUUGCUGGACACUUUUAACUUUAUAAUGUUUUUAACAUAUGUGUGAAAAAUUUGUAUAUUAGUUAGCACAAUCACUAUUAAUACAUGUACAAUGUACAUUUUGAGUAUUUCUGAUAGGAUACAGAAUAUUACUCAUUUUUAUAGCUUUUAAAAAAAUACUCAUUUUGAAUUCCUAAGAUAUUAUAUGACAUCAAAUUUAUUCAUGCAGCUUUAUUUACAUUUGUCACUUAUUUUUGUGUUAUGGGUGUCUAAAUUGCAUUUACUAACAAUUUUGGCACAUUGAUAGUUAUAUGCAUUAGAUUUUGAUUUGGUACCAUGCAAAUUAGAUGUGUUAUGUCAUCGUGUGCAGGCCAGUUCAUGCAAGAUCAUGUUAUCAAACAUGUUAGAAGACCUGGUUAUGAUUAGAAGACCGCAUUAGCAAAGUUUCUGGAGGGGAACAUUAUUUGUAUUGAUUACAAGUACUUGUAUUCAGUGGUUAAAAAAGGGGAGAAAUUGAUUUUUUUACCCAUACUACAAAUCGUUAAAAUAUAAAUGCAGUUGAAAAUUAAUAAAGAUUUCAUUACAAUGCAGUUCAUCUGAAUUAAAUAAAAGCCAGGACACUACAUGUGUUUUAUACUCCUAGAGUGAUCAUAUUUGACGUAAAAGAAAAUUGUAUGCAGUUCAGGAAUAUUUUGUAAUUUCUUCAUGGAUGAUAUAUUUUUCUUAUAUUUUCUUGUUUUCUCUGUUUUUUCUUGCUUCAAAAUUCAAAGCCAUAAGAACAAAAAAAAAGUUGAUUAAAUGUAUGCAAAACAUUAUGCAGAUCACAUAGAACAAGAGAGCUAAAAUUAUGCAAGUUUUCUGAUGAACACUCCAUAUAUCUAUUAUGCAUUUUUUUCUCAGAAUUUCUAAUAUCAAAGUUGAAAAUAUUCAUUGUUUUUACAAACAUUUCAGAUUGAGUUUGACUAGGUUUUAUGAUAUUUUCAUACUGUUUUUUCUCAUGUGGGCCUUCUGAGAUGAUUGGAAUAGAACAAACAAAAUGAGACCUCCAUAUUUAGAUAUUAUACUGCUUUAUCUGCUACUAUAUUGUAAUGUAUACAAAUGUAACCUAUUUGUUUACCAGUAGUAAUGAAUAUUCAAACCUUUAUAUUGAAUAAUCAUAUAUCACAUCAAUUUUUUGUAUCGACCCCCCAAAAAAUAAAAUUACAUGCAGGCAUGUAUCUAUUAUGAAAAAAUAUAUAGUAUAAUGAAUGCACUGCCUUAUUGAGUUCAUACUAGAAUAAUUGAACAUGUUAGUAAUUCUUAUUCUUUGUAGCCUCAAUAUGAGUCUCAAUUUUUGAAAUAUAUGGACAAGGAUAUGCCUGUUUACCUGUACAAGAGCCAGUAGUUCAACAUAACCUUGCCAAAUAUCUAUUGUGAAGAAAUUGUUAACCGUCCCAUAUUUAUAAAAGAUUUUUUUAUGUGCCUGCAUGAGGUGUAGAGGUAUUUUCUCACUAUCAGGAUUAUGAAGAAUGUACAUGUAUAUUAAUGACUAAUGAGAAAGGUGUAUUUAUGAUAUUGGGCGGAGUUGAUGUAAAAUUAGAGAUAUUACAAUAAUUACUGGGAAAGUUGUCCUAUAAAACCCCAUAUAAUUGAUAUUGUUAUGAAAUUGCAAUAAUUUCUUAGAAAGUUAUGUUGAUUUUCUGACAUUCCAGAAAGGGGAAGUGAGGAGGGUCCAUUCAUCUGUUGACAUGAAAACACUUUUCAGUUAACUCUUCAGCCAGGCACACACUCUAUGCGAUUUGUUGCGAUCUGAAUUUCAAAGAAAUUGUUUUAACAUUUGAUAUGAACAUUCCAGCCGAUAAAAUCUUAGCGUUCAGAGUUCAGAAUAGUGGUAGGACUACUGAAAUCAAAAUUAUGUCUUCAUGUAGUUUGAUUCUCCCUGUAGGAAUGAAAAAUUUCAAAUCCAUAUCAUAAUGACACCAUCAUCGGUUGCGGCUUGAUGCCGAUUUGGACUUUACUCUGACCACAGGGCUUGCUGCAAAGCAAAGUUAUGAUUUUAUUAUUUCUUACAUUUUUCCGAACUUCAAAUGAAGAUAAUUUACUUCUUGGAACUUCCACAUAUUAUGCAAUAUGUGAUUUAUUAGAAAAUCAUGUUGUAUCGUGUCACAUAAUGUGCGAUGGGCUUAAUGAUGCAGUCAUACUGAUCAGCAAAACCAACUCUAGACAGUCCAAAACUUUCCCAUCAUUACCAACGAGUCAAUUUCCUUGAUGGGACUGUGACAUUAGACUAUUUCAUUGUGCUAGGGUCUGUGGAAAACAUGCCGAAAUCAAGUCACGUUCAAUGGCUUCAAAGUUUAAAAUGAUGACCAUGUAAAUAAAUCUUAUAUCCUUUCCGAAAAGGGAUGCACACAGUUUAUAUAAAUGAUGUAUUCUCUUCACUGUUGGGGUGAAUUCAGAUAGCGAUUUUGUGUUCACAAUGGCAGUGGUGUUUGAAGAUAUCCGUCCAAAUUACGUACAAGUUCUUUCAGAAGCAUAUUUGGUACUCAUGCUAGGAAAUUAAUUCUAAGACUUCUCUGUGUAGUGAAAGUGGUUGAUGUUACGAUAAAAAGAACAAUGUAAGGCAGUAAAAUUUGUGGUGAACAAUACAUGAAAAUGUAUCUGUAAUUGCACAUGCUAAUGGAAUUAUUUCCCAGAACAAGUAACAUCCACUGUCCAUUACUAGUAUGAUGGUGUUUUUUUUCUCUCUCUCUCAUUAUUCUGUGUAUCAAUGCAAUGUACCUGUAUAAAGGUGUUUUAGCUGCUUUUGUCACAUAAUCUAUUGAAAAUCUAAACAUUAAUGAAAUGUGUUUGAAUUGCCUUUGUUAGCUUAAAUUUAGUGUUGAUUUUGUAAUAUAAUGUGAUGUAAAUUAUUUCUUUGUUUUCAAUCAGAUCUUUGUUCUAUUUAGAAUGUGUGCUACAGAAAUGAAGUUUGAAAAUAUUUACCUUGUGUGUACUUAUGAUCAUCCAGAGUAAACAUUCAUUCUUUGCUUGAUAAGAGUGGGGAAAAUAAUUUUUUUUAGUAUCAUUAUAGAGAAGAAAAUAUUUUGAGGAUUUUGG